AUGAGUAAUGAUAAAGAUGACUCGCUUCAGUCGGCUAGUGUCCAACUCAUCGGAGAAAAUUAUUCUUAUUGGAGUUAUGUAAUGAGAAAUUUUUUGAAAGGAAAAAGGAUGUGGAAUUAUGUCGAUGGAACUUCAGUUAAACCUACCGAUAAAAAGGAUGAAGCAAAAUAUGCAAAAGAUUUGGGAACAUGGGAGUGGCAUAUUUCUCAAAUGGAUGUUAAAAAUGCAUUCCCUAAUGGCGAUCUUCAAGAAGAAGUUUAUAUGGUGCCUCCACAAGGCGUUUCUCAUAAUAAAGGGGAAGUGUAUAAGUUGAAGAAGGCACUAUAUGGUCUAAAACAAGCUCCACGAGCUUGGUUUGAGAAGUUUACCACUGUGAUUACAUCUAUUGGCUUUCGCUCUAGUGAUCAUGAUUCUGCUUUGUUUGUCAAAACUACUUAUCAUGGUUGUAUUCUACUCUUAUUAUAUGUUGGUGAUAUGAUUAUUACAGGUGAUGAUAUGGAUGGAAUUAAUGAUUUGAAAUUACAGUUAGCCAAACAGUUUGAGAUGAAGGACUUGGGCCCUCUUCGGUACUUCUUAGGCAUUGAAGUUGCUUACUCUCCUAGAGGUUAUCUUCUCUCUCAAUCCAAGUAUAUUACCAACAUUCUUGAACAGGAUCGCCUUUCUGAUACUAGAGUAGUGGAUAGUCCCCUUGAGUUGAAUAUGAAAUAUGCUCUAUCUGAUGGUGUUCCUCUACCCGAUCCCACCUUAUAUCGUACUUUGGUUGGCAGCCUAGUGUACCUUACAAUUACUAGACCAGAUAUUGCUUAUGUUGUUCAUGUUGUUAGUCAGUUUGUUGUAUCUCCUACUACAGUGCAUUGGGCAGCCGUUCUUCGCAUAUGUCGUUAUCUACAGAGAACCCAAUUUCAGACUCUUCUUUUUCCCUCAUCGUCCUCGUUGGAACUACAUGCUUAUUCUGAUGCUGAUUGGGCUGGCGACCCCACAGAUCGUAAGUCUACCACUGGGUUUUGUAUCUUUUUUGGAGACUCUCAUAUUUCUUGA